AUGGACUCUGCGUAUACUCUGAACCCCUACGUGCGCGACUCUGCCGCUCCGCCCAUCCCGCUUGCUGGACAGUGGGGUGCUCGCUUCCACUCGACACCAGAGAAGCCUCUCCUCAACCUCGCUCAAGGCGUGCCAGGGAGCCCGCCACCGCCAGAGCUACAGAAUAAGCUGGCCGAGGCAGCGGCGGAACCGGCGACGACGAGCUACGGCGCGCUCCAGGGCGACAAGGGACUUCGACGGGCUCUGGCGAAGGAUGUCAGCGGCGUCUACUGGGCCAGUACGGCUAGUGAAGAACGGCGAGUGACAGAGGACGACAUCGUGAUCACGGCAGGAUGUAACCUUGCCUUCUACGCCUCAAUGCUCGCCCUCGCCCGCCCUGGCGACGAGAUCAUCCUCCCGUCACCGUGGUACUUUAACCACAGCAUGACGCUAGACCAGCUCGGCCUCACGCUUGUCCCCCUGCGCUGCCUACCACCGAACUUCCUGCCGUCCGUCGAAGAAUGCGAGAGACUCAUCACGCCUCGUACCAAGGCAUUGGUCCUGGUCUCGCCGAACAACCCGACAGGCGCCGUCUACCCUCCCGACUUGCUCAAGCAAUUCGCAGAGCUGGCGGAGGAGAAGAAGGUCGCGCUGGUGCUGGACGAGACGUAUCGAGACUUCCUCGAGGAGCGACCGCACGACCUCUUCGCCGAGACAAACUGGCGGAGGUACUUGAUUCACCUGUUCUCCUUUUCCAAAUCCUACGCCAUUCCCGGUCACCGACUGGGUGCAAUCAUCGCCUCCCAGCCUUUCCUCACUUCGGUCUACAAGCUCAUGGAUUGCAUCCAGACUUGUCCGCCACGACCGACGCAGCGAGCAAUUGAGUGGGCUAUCGAAGCAACACGACCUUGGCGAGAAGCGACGCGGGACGAGCUGGCGCAGCGGCAACGGGUGUUCAAGGGCUUGAUCGCGAGCGUCGAGGGCUGGGAGGUCGUCUGCGGCGGCGCGUACUUUGCCUACGUCAAGCAUCCAUACGCCGGCGUCCCUUCCGAGCUUGUCGCAAAACGGCUGGGCGAACGCGUUGGCGUCGUUGUCCUGCCCGGCACCUUCUUCUCUCCGCCGUUCGAGAACGUCGAUGAGGAUCGGUACAUCCGCUUCGCGGUCGCAAACGUGUCGGAGGGGACGCUGAGGCUGGUUCCUGCGCGGUUGGAGGAGCUCAACAAGCUGUGGCCAACUCUCAAGGCGUAG